UCCACGGGCUGAGUAGCUCUGGGUGCGCGGCCUCCCGGCGCCUCGGACAUGGCCAACAGGUCCAACGCGUCCGCCCCGUACUACAGCUACGAGUACUACCUGGACUACCUGGACCUCCUCCCCGUGGACGAGAAGGAGCUGAGGGCCCACAAGCACUCCAUCGCCAUCGCCUUCUGGGUGAGCCUGGCGGCCUUCGUGGUGCUGCUGUUCCUCAUGCUGCUCUACAUGCCCUGGCCGGGCUCCCCGCGCGCCAGGAACAGCCUGCACCGCAGCACCAGCCCCUGGAGUUUCCGCCUCAACCUCCCCCCCUGUGUCCGGAGGCACCUCCUGCUCCACAGGGCUCCACGAGGCACCCCGCAGGCCCCACCGAGCUCAGCCAGGGGGCCAGGCAGCAGAACACCCAGCCCUUCUGCCUCGCCCCCCACUGCGCCCCAGGCCCACUCUGCUCUCUGGGAACAGGCCCUCGAUGAGGACCCCCUGGGCAUCAGCUGACCUCGGCCACAAGCUCAGCCGGCCUCCCCCUGGAGACAGCAGGGCCACGACCCAGCGACCCACGACUCAAACCAACCUGGACACGUGCCUUCUGAACGCUGCCCGUGGAGCAGGAAGUGUCCAGAGCGGCCACAAGGAGGCGCUGCGGUGCACGUGUAAACCCCACCCCCGAGGCCCUGGCAGCCCACCAGCAGGGGAGCAGCCCCAGGUGGGCAGUUUCAGUGCCCACCGCCCACACUCACUCCAGGAAGGCACAAAAACACUACACGUAAAUAAAGAUGUAACA